CAAUAAUCAAAGGAACUCCAAGAAAAUAUGCAGAAAUAUAUACAGCAUGUUGGCAAGGAAACCCAGCCCUCCGUCCUCAUAUUCAUCAAGUUACAGAGGAUUUGAACAAUGUAGAUAUAACUGAUACUAUUGAAGAUAUUAAUAUUGUAACAAAUCAAACUAGUAAUGAAUUACAAAAUGACGGUUCAUUAUAUUCAAUGGAACUUUCAUUCUCAGCACAAAUUAAUAGUUUAGAAAACAAUUUAAGAGAUUUGGACAACAAGGCAAAUAUAACGAACAUUAUUGAGGAUGAAUCACAAAAUGAUGAUUUAUUAGAACUUCCAUUAUCAGCAUAA